AACCAAGUACCGCAACUAAGAAGGUAAUGAACUAUGAGAAACAAAGAAUGAAGACAAUUAAUAAAAAUCGUGAGAGAAUGAAUGCUCUAGGAGUGAAGAAUAUAACAACUUGUUUGAAGGCUACGGUUCAACAUAAGAAAUUGAUGAAGGAAAAACAAAUACCAAUUGAGGAAAAUGACGAUGAUUAUCGACCGUCAGAGGCUGAAGAUGGCAAUGAGACUGAAUCCUAUGAUUCGUUUGAGCAUGAGCAGUUAGAGAUACCAUCGAGAGCCCGUUCACAAUCUCAUCUUGAGGCAUUGACCCACGCAUCAGAAGAGGGGGAUACCUCUUCACGUCCUGAGGUGGCUAGCCAUCCGCCACCACCUCUCAAUGUGGAGCCUCAACUUGAGGUGACUGCUGGUAAUACUAUUGCUGCUAAGCGUGUUCGUGGCCCGACUCGAGACAAAGAGGUUCAAGGCCUUGUUGAUAGAGAUGGAAAGCUUAACCUGCCUAUCCCUCCAGAAUUUCGUGCACCGGUAGGGGACUAUGCCUCAAAACUAGCCUCAAAGAUUGGUGUAAAGGUGCGAACACGUUUACCGGAUCCAAGUGUUCGUAGGUGGAAGUAUGUUGAUGCCUCCGUUAAGGAGGCAAUGUUUUAACGC